AUUUUUGAGCGAUAUUUAAAAAAUAAAGGAAGCAAAGUAACAAAAGUCAUGUCGUACUCACAGAUCAUUUUGAUAAAGAUAUACGGCUAAUAAUUGAGCAUAAGUUUGUGGUGAUGCAACUCCACCAGGCGCCUGCGAAAAUGAUAUGCAAUAAUACGACCGGCGAAGUGACAUAAGCCUAACAUGGCUACUGUUAAAGUAACCGAACAGAAGGUUAUUCUGUGCGGGGAAUACGGUGUUGGAAAGACUUCUAUAUUUAGACGUUUUGCGAACAAUACUUUUGUAACGAGCAGCGAUCGCAAGUCGACAUUGGGUCUCGAUAAUAUCGAUAAAGAAUAUGUUGUUGAAGACAGACGAAUACGAUUGCAAUUAUGGGAUACAGGUGGAAUGGAAAGAGUUGCAUCAGUAACAUCAAGCUAUUAUAAAUUUGCAGAAGCUGCUAUACUAGUUUUUGCAUUAGAUAAUUCAACAUCUUUCCAUCUUUUAUCUCAACAUUUGCUUGAUAUUGUCACAUAUGCUGAAAAUGCAAAAAUAUUUCUGUGUGGGAAUAAAAGUGAUUUGGAAAGCACAGCUCCACAAGUUACAGAUGCAGAAAUGGAACAAUUUUGUGAACAAUGUCACAAUUUAAUUUCUGGUAUAUAUAAGACAUCAUGUAAGACUGGAGAAGGCAUACAUGAAAUGUUUGAAGAUAUAGCACAGCAUUUAGUGGAAGCUAACAGAUCACGCAUGGAACUGCAUGAAAUGGACAAAGACAGAUUUAAAAUUUCGUAUAUUGAUGAAGCUGCUGAUCCAUCAUGUUUGUGCUAAAUAAUAAAUAUUAACAAGUGUAUGAUCCUGAAGCAACAUUUUUUAUAACUAGGAUAACUCAAUACACAGUAAUAAAGUGUGAAGAGUAAAA